AUGGCGUCCAUUACCAAUAGUAACAUCUCCGUCGAGGAGACGCCGGUGCAACUUGUCAAAUUCCGACCGAAUGGUAGAGUUGCGACGCCACUGUCCCCGUCGCCGCAGGCAGCGAGUGACAUAAUUGUGUCUCUCUAUCAGUCCACCUCCGGGACGAGUUUCGACCCGCGAUGUCGCCACUCAUUACUGCUCUCCUCCGCCGAGACGUCAAGGAACCCCUUCUUCCACCAGGCAUGUGUCUACGACCCAGAGCACGAGGAGCUCUUCGUCACCUCCAACCUGCUGCAGUCCACCACCAGCUCCACGCUGCCCAUCAUCCUCAUCUCGCGUGUCGUUCUGCACCGCAGUGACGCCGGCCACGUCGAGUCGGUGGAAUGGAUGAAACUGCGGCCGCCUCCCAACAUGGCCAUGCCCGCCGGCGCGGCCGCAUACCGCGGCGGCGUGCUCUACUGCUCGCAGGGCAACCUCACGGCCGGCACGGGCGGGCUGUACUACAUGCCGCGCGGCAAGCCGCCCGAGGGCGUCGUGACGAGCUUCUACGAGCGGGAGUUCAACUCGCCGCACGACGUCGUCGUCACGCAGGACGGCUCGCUCUGGUUCACGGACCCGUAUCACGGCUUCGAGAAGGACUUCCGGCCACGGCCGCAGCUGCCGUGCCACCUGUACCGCUUCAACCCGGACACGGAGGACAUCAGGGUCAUGGCGGACGGUCUGGGCCGGCCGACCGGUCUGGCGUUCAGCCCGGACGAGAGCACGGUGUAUGUCACGGAUACGGACGCGGUUCGCGGCAAUGGAGACCAGAGCUCAUCAAGGGCUGCCACUAUUUAUGCCUUUGAUGUGAUCAUGCGAGCAGGCUCGCCCUUCCUCGCCAACAAGCGCAUCUUUGCGUUUCCCCUGAGAGGCAUCCCCAUGGGGAUCAAAUGCGAUACCAACGGCUACGUCUACGCCGGCUGUGCGGACGGCCUGGAGAUCUGGAACCCUGGCGGAACUCUGCAGGCAGUCAUUGAAGUUCCAGGCAAGUUUCCUCUCAUUCACGCCUGA